GGAAUUUACAAAAAUUAAUUUAAGAAGUAAUUAAUACUAUUUAAAAAAAAAUCUACCCAGCUUUCUUUUUUCGCUCUAUUAAUACUCAAUCAACAUCAUGGUGUCACCCUCACAACUUGAAAUCUUAGUUUUGACAAACACAAAUUCUCCUUCAGAGUGCUGUCUAAGGCAGUAUCUCUCUGUUUUUUCCAUCAAAAAACAAUGUGUAAUCCACCUGAAAAUAACCAAAUUGUUACUCUUUCGAAAAUACCACCACAACAUAAUCAUCCUCCUCAUCAUCAUCAGUCUCAACACUCCAACAUAUACUUGGAUCUCUUAUCGUUAACCAAUAAAAACGACGACGAUGAAAGGUUCACCAGCAUUGGUGUUGUUGAGGAUAGAGUAUCCGUAUCUGUGUCUGUACCCGUUUCCAACACUCAUCACAGCGACCCAUCAUUGUUUUUCCCUAGCGUAUCCGACGUCUUAAAAGAGAGUAGUUCACUCUUUUACUUGGCAUUCCCCAUACUCUUAACCAACCUCAUCCUUUACUCCCGGUCCAUGCUAUCAAUGGUGUUCUUAGGCCGAAUCGGAGAUGCCGAGUUAGCGGCCGGCUCUCUAGCCAUUGCCUUUGCGAAUAUAACCGGUUAUUCGGUGUUUUCGGGGUUGGCUUUGGGGAUGGAGCCUUUGUGUUCACAAGCAUUUGGUGCUUGUAGGCCGAAGCUCCUUUCGCUUACGCUUCAACGGUGCGUGAUAUUCUUGCUGGUUUGCAGUUUGCCAAUUUCGAUAUUUUGGUUAAAUAUGUCGAGCAUUUUGGGGUAUCUUCACCAAGACCCAAAUAUUGGUAAAUUGGCUCACGUUUAUAUCACAUUUUGUCUCCCUGACCUUUUUACUUAUUCCUUUCACCAUCCAAUCAAGAUUUACCUUCGUGCGCAAGGUAUUACUCACCCUGUCACCUAUGCAUCCCUAGUCGGGGCCAUCCUUCACUUUCCCAUCAUGUUUUUUCUUGUUGUUCACCUCAACCUCGGGAUUGCCGGAGUUGCUGUUGCCAACUCCGUGUCCAACCUCGUUUCACUAGGGGCCCUAGUGAUGCAGGUUUGGCUCGGCGGGCUUCACGCUCCUACGUGGAGCCCGCCCAGCCGCGAGUGUUUCAGGGACUGGUGGCCCCUGGUGUGCCUGGCGGGCCCCAGCUGUGCCUCCGUGUGUCUGGAGUGGUGGUGGUACGAGAUCAUGAUCGUGCUCUGUGGCCUGCUGCCGAACCCCAAGGCCUCAGUGGCCUCGAUGGGGGUGCUGAUCCAGACCACCGGGCUGAUCUAUAACUUCCCCGCCUCGGUCAGCAACGCCGUAUCCACCCGUGUCGGGAACGAACUUGGAGCGGGCCGGCCCAAACAGGCGAAGCUCUCGGGCUUUAUCGGAAUCUCUUGGGCUGCAAUAAUGGGCCUUAUAGCUAUGAUGUUUGCUUCUGGGGCAAGGAAUGUAUGGGCUAGGAUGUUUACCGGAGACGCCGAGAUCCUAGCCCUGACCGCAGCGGCGUUACCAAUAUUGGGCCUUUGCGAGCUCGGAAACUGCCCACAAACGAUAGCAUGUGGGGUGGUAAGGGGGACUGCCCGGCCAGCAACAGCUGCAAAUGUGAACUUAGGGGCCUUCUAUAUGGUGGGGACACCAGUAGCGGUUGGGUUGGCUUUCUAUCUAGGAGUUGGCUUUUGUGGGCUCUGGAUUGGGCUUUUGUCGGCCCAGAUAUGCUGUGCUGGGCUGUUAUUGUAUGUUGUUGGGACCACUGAUUGGGAUUAUCAAGCACAACGGGCCCAGUUGCUGACUCAAAGUGGUGGGCCUGGCCCUUCUUUAGAAUUAACAUCAACCGUUGAUUCAUCUUUGGUCAUGAUUGAUAAUGAAGCUGAUCGGAUGGAGGAAAAUUAUCCAACUGCAGGUGAAUCUGAGCCGUUGAUAUCUAUCUCAGUGACGUAAUCAUUAAGUGCUAUUUAAUCGGUGAUGAAAAAAACCUAUAUAAAAAAUUAAAUAAAUCAUAAUAAUAAAAUUGGACUUUCUUUCAUAUACUUAGUAGAAAUUUUAAUUUAUAAUUUAAUUUUAAUUUUCUUCUUUUUUUUUUUGUUAGCCCAGCCAAAUUUACAUCGGUUAAGUAAAGAUAUUUUCUUAGUUUUACUUGCAUUACAUAAUAGUCGGGAGAGAUGGGCUUUUAGAGUUAAGUGUAAAGAGGAAAGAAUGAAGACAGUUUUUGUUUUCUAAUUUCCUCUUUUUUUCCCCCCUUUUUUACUAUCUCUCCAUUAAUUUUAGUAAGGAUUGUAAUUACGAUAUUAAACAUGAUUUGCAAUAUUACCUUAUUACAUGUACAUUUGUAGCAUAUAUU